GAUUAUUUUAUGUUGUUUUAGGACACAGCAGGUCAGGAGAGAUAUAGAACGAUUACCACAGCCUAUUACCGAGGUGCAAUGGGUUUCAUUUUAAUGUACGAUAUCACAAAUGAAGAAUCCUUCAAUGCUGUACAAGACUGGUCAACUCAAAUCAAAACAUACUCUUGGGAUAAUGCCCAGGUUAUUUUGGUCGGUAACAAAUGUGACAUGGAGGACGAACGGAUAAUCCCUACUGAGAGAGGCAAACAUUUAGCAGAGCAACUUGGUUUUGAAUUUUUUGAAACAAGUGCCAAGGACAACAUAAAUGUCAAGCAGACAUUUGAGCGGCUCGUGGAUAUCAUCUGCGACAAAAUGUCAGAAAGUCUGGAAACAGAUCCUGCCAUUGCUACUGGAAAACAGAAUACAAGACUAAAGGACACCCCUCCACCACAGCAACCCAACUGUGGCUGUUAAUACAGUGAUUGACAAAGGCAGCUCCAGUGUGUUCUAUUGCCAACAGAGUAUUUAUGAAUGGUCUAUAAGCCUUUAUUUAUACUGUCUUCUUAAUUUAUUUGGGGGAAAUUUAUGUUAGCACCUGGUACGGUAUGUGUAAACAACUGUAUAGAGAUGUUAUCAUUAGUCUGUAAGGACUACCCAUUUCUCACCAUCUGGCCUUUGCAUGUGGAUGGCUUCCCGUUUGUCUUUUCUUUUUACUCUUUGUACAUUACACUUACUGAAGCUGAAGCUGGUGCUGUGACCUCAGACCAGUUUGCCUAUAUCUGACUUUUGUUUCAUUGGUUUUAAAUUACACAAUUUUCUCCUUAAGGUGUAAUGACCAGGUACUUGGGAAUAAGCUUUCUGGUGUCAUUUAUAGUUUACAUAACACACUGUUGAAUUAACUCACCAAUGUUAAAAUAUCACUCAAAUAUAGGGAGCUUAUCACUGUUCUCUCCAGACCACUUGUUCGUGGCAUACUUCCUAGAGGGUAAUACUGCAGCGCAUCCAUGGCCACCUAGGGAAUUCACUGCUGCCUCUGUGCUAUGCAUCACAACCACUCAGAAAUGCAAAGAAACAGCAGACUCCAAACUGCCUUGAUCCAAAAACAGGUCCUAGCAUUUGGUAUAGGAAACAUUUAUAUUAACUGCUGGCCAGGAUAUGGGAUAUGUCUCAGAUCCAGGAAGUUAUUUAGGCACUUGCCAUCGAAAUCAUGAGUUAGACAUCCAAAUUCUUAUGUGGAUCUGGGCUUACAUUGCACUUCCAUCCAUUUGAUAUGCACUGGAUGGAUUUGCUCCAACAGAUGGGAGUUGAUAGUUACCUCCUCUGGAUUUUAUUUGCUUUUUAGACAAUGAAUACCAUCUCUUGUUGUUAUCCCAGAAAAGCCAAAUCCACUGUGUUCAGUUAUUCAGAGCCAUAAAAUGUUUAACCACAUUGCAAUAGAAGCUGUAGUGUGUAGGUCUUCAGGAAUUUCAUCUUUCAUUUUGUUCUUAAAAACAGAUGAUCUAUGUGAAUUUUGUAGUCUGAGGAAACCCCAAUGAACAGACUGUAAAGGCCGCUUUCUCUCCUCAAAUAUUUCUGUAGAAGCCCAGCUGAAGGUAGUGAGAUUUGUUUUUGAAGUGAAAAUUAGACAUUCCACUAAAAAAAGAAUUUGGAUGGGACUUGCCUGUGGGAGCUGAGCAGUGAUUUUUGGUGACAGCACAAUCAGCAGUUCACACAGAUCCUGGACCUAUGAACAAAUUACAGUGACUUAAAAGGUUGUAAGUUCUUACCAUGGAGUAACUGUUUAUCUGUCCACUCUUAUCUCAAGGUUAACUGAGCGCUAAAUCACAAAAAUCCUUGUUUUACUGAAGGCUAAGCUGCUCUGGUUUAGCUUUCACUUACUUAACAUGAGGUAAGAACAGGUACCUAGACAGUUGACUUGGAACAAUUGUACAGCCCAUCUCCUUUAACUCUCUGUAAUUUGUUUGUCUAUACACAGUUUUUUGAAAAUUGAGAAGGAAUAAAUUCCCCAGUAAUUUCUUUAACUAGACUGUGCAGAAGACUUGCAAAAUUGAUGGAAGGUUGCGAAGAUAAUAGAAUAAUGUCCACAGAUUUUAAUUUUUUUAAGCAUUAAAAAUGGUCAUUUCUUACAAUGUUAAUAAACUCUCACUCUACUAAUUGGUGGCAAUUUCUCACAUCAGUGUCCUGCGGUACUUUGUACAGCUUUUUCUGGGCCGCUAUAAUAGUUUUCAAGUAAAUGGUAUUAUUGAGGAGACAUUAACUUGUUAUUGUUCUUAAUUAUUUCAGCUUUAAUACAAGGCUGACAUUUUACUAAAUACAUGCAACCAAAAAAAAAAAAAAAAAGAAA